AUGGCCCCAGAUUCGACGAUCUGUGCGGCACGCAGCCACAUUUUCGAAUCCGUUUUCGCCCCCGCAUCUCCGGUCGACUUCAUAUCCGGACUCGCACCAACGAACAAGUCACCACAGAAGGGAUCAACAUCGGACAAGGGUACACGAAGCCGAGCAUGGCGCACCGCCACGAUUUAUCUCUCGAUUCCGGAUAGGAAGUUCGAGGAUCUGCUUCUCCGUAUAACACCUGGCGAAGACGACUUUCUGAAACUGUGGAAUCGGGACAAGAAGCCUUCGAAGGAAACCAGAGAUGCCUUGGCCUAUCUGAUAAAGCCAUCAACAAGGGGCUCUGAAGAUGAAUCAAAGGAUAUCUUUGCUUGGUACGAACUCGAGCUUCGCCGGCACUUCUUGCGGAAUUUCAAAGAAGAACUAUCCGUCGUUAGUUCCGCGUCGUAUCCAGAUAGUCUAUUGAGGCAACGUUUCCCCGAGGUCUUUCAGGGCGUUUCAUCUUCCUUCGACCGCAAUGGCUUGCUAGAGGGAUUCCUUGUGAAAUGCCUUCUAUUAAUUCGCCAGAUCUACUUUUCUCCAUUGGUACAAUACAUGCUUCCCGUCCUGGACAGCGGCGCUCAAGAAAAGGCGUUUGUCAGAUUUCAACGCUCGUUCCACUUAAUGGUUAGAUAUGCCAUUUCAGGACCUUCGUUGUCGGACCUGCUUACACGGAGUCUGACCAAACAUACGCUUAUAAUACUUGGCAUCAGCAACUUGAAAGAAAGGGCGGAUAUGAACGACAGUGCCAGCGUGGACGACAUGGAGGUUGACAGGCAGUACUCAAUGUCGUACCAGGAUUGGCGGGACGCGCCGUCCGCUGAGUUCCAGUCGCAAAUGAUGACGGAAUGUGAGGACGCUCAUGUUACUGACGCCCGGGAGCGCCUGCUGUCACUGCUCAAUGACCUACAGCUUGUCGGCUUAGGAGGUGAAAAGGCUCAGGAAGCAUUUGCCGGAGUUAUGGACACAAUGAUGACGGAAUUCAUUCGGGUUGCCUAUACCUGUCACUGGGAAGGCCCAUCGCUUGUCUCGUCCCACCUGCGGCAAUGGAUAACAGAUGUGUAUGCGCGGCUAGCUAUCCAGGUCCUACCGAUCAUCAACGUACCAGAGUCUGGCAUUCGGGAAAUUGGGCUGCGGGACGUGAACAUCAGUGACAUGGACAAGUGGCAAGAAGUCGGCAUUGCCCGGCUUGGGGCACUGCGGGUCGGAGAGCUGUUUGACGUGAUUGUUGAAUGGCCCGCAAGCAGCGGAGCGAUUGAAGACCUACGGCAUUUCACGACUCACCCUGCGGCUCGAAGUCAUUUGACCCAGUCUUUCGCGGCGGUGCUGAAUCGGCGGCUGUUACAUCCUGGUGCAUCGACUGUGGAAAUUUUGCAGGUAUACAUCUCGAUUAUUCGGGCCCUGAACCUCUUGGACCCAAAAGGUGUUCUCCUGGAUCGAAUUGCGAAGCCCAUUCGUAAAUACCUAAGGGACCGCGACGACACGGUUAACGCCAUUGUUGGCGGCCUACUUGCAGAUCCCGCUGAUGCCGAUGGUCGUGGCGCAUCCAGCAGUGAAACGCUAGUAGAGCUCGCAGCUGAGCUGAGCAAAGCACACCAGACCUCUUUGCGGAAUGAUACCGGGGAGCUGGACUACGACGACAUGAACUGGAUGCCGGAUCCGGUCGAUGCAGCGCCUGACUACCGCAAGUCAAAGAGCUCCGAUGUCAUCGGCAGUCUCAUUAGCAUCUUCGACUCGAAGGAGACUUUCGUGCGUGAGUUACGAGACAUGCUGGCAGACCGGCUCCUUCAGAAACGCGCCGAGUUCGAGCAGGAAAUGUCGGUUCUAGAACUCCUCAAACUCCGCUUCGGCGACAACGCCCUACAAGCAUGCGAGGUCAUGCUGCGCGAUAUUUUUGACUCCCGACGAGUUGACACGGUCGUCCGCAACGACCAAGGCAUGGCAAGCCCUCAAGACAAAGGCGCCGAAAAUGCCCCAGAGCUCCACGCGAAGAUCCUCUCGCACUUCUUCUGGCCCGAGCUCAAGGGUCAGCAAUUCAAGGUCCCCCGCGAAAUCACCGAUCUCCAGCAGCGCUACUCCGAGGGCUUUGAAUCGCUCAAGCAGUCACGCAAACUUACGUGGCUCAACGGUCUGGGUCAAGUUACCGUCGAGCUAGACCUCGAAGACCGCGUCUUCGUCGAAGAAGUCUCCACCUGGCAAGCAACAGUCAUCUACGCAUUCAAUUCGGAUACUCCCACUAACGGACCCGUCACUAAAACCAUCACCGACCUUACCACCCACCUCGAUAUGUCUGCUGCACUUGUCCGCAGCGCAUGCCUGUUCUGGGUGAGUCGUCGCAUCCUAACCGAAGUCCCCGGGCACCGCGAUACAUUCAGCGUUCUCGAAUCCCUACCUACAGCCCGCACCAAGGACAAGGAUGCCGCCACUACAACUGAUCCUGAAACCGCGAGAAUCGAAAACACAACCUCCGACACCACAGCUGACGUCGACGUCAGCGCCGAUGCAGCAGCCAAUGCUGCCGCCGCCGCGGAGGCCGCCGUUGCAAAGGAAUCCGCCGAAGCAGCGGCCAUGGAGAAGAUGAAUCUCUACUGGCAGUUCAUUGUGGGCAUGCUGACAAACCAGGGUGCGAUGCCGCUGCAGCGGAUUGUCAUGAUGCUGAAGAUUGCCGUGCCCGGUGGGUUCCCAUUUAGCAACGAAGAACUGAGGGAGUUUCUAGCUGGCAUGGUCUCCAAGGGUAAAGUUGAGAUUGUUAGUGGAGGAAACUAUAAGAUUGUGCGGUAG